GUUUCCAACAUUUGAACAUGUCCAGGGUGUUGAUAGUCGGUGCCGGACUGACAGGUAGUUUGUGCGCCUGCCUUUUACGCAGAGAGUUGGCCAACAAUGUGCACAUUGUGUUGUGGGACAAAGCACGCGGUGCAGACAACAAACUGACUGGGGACAUACCAAAAUCAAGGCUUCAUUGAACUGCUCUGCAAGAUCUACAGAAAAGACAAGUUAGAUACAGACAUGCCACUGUGUAGUCACAACUGAAGAUUACUGUGAAUACGAUUGUGGAAGAAUGGCAACUAGUAGAAGUACUAAUGAUUCUGUGUGUACUGCUGACCUUGGAGCCCAGUAUAUAACCGCUACACCAUACUACUUUCAGAAGCACCAAAGUUUCUAUGAAGAACUUUUGACACACAACAUUUUGAAACCCCUGACUGCUACAGUGGAAGGGAUGCUGAUAAAAGAGGAAGGGAGCCUUAAUUUUGUAUCACCAUGUGGAGUCUCUUCCAUUGUCAGGCAUUACCUUAAAGAGUCAGCAGCAGAGGUGUUCUACAAUUAUCAUGUCACUCAUAUUAACCUGAAGAAUAAUAAAUGGGAAGUCUACAGAAAAGGAAGCAUUUUGGAAUACUUUGAUGCAGUUGUCCUUACUAUGCCUGUGCCUCAAAUUCUGCAUCUCCAAGGAAACUUUCUGCAGUUAAUUGACGAAACUCAGAAGCUGAAGCUGGAAGCUGGAAGCUACUCCUCUCGCUACGCUCUGGGACUCUUCUAUAAAGCUGGCGUGCAGAUUGAUGUCCCCUGGGCAGUAAAGUACAUCACCAAUAAUCCUUGCAUACGCUUCAUCUCCAUCGAUAAUAAAAAGCGCAAUUUAGACCUGUCCAGUGCAGAGCCUGCAGUUGUUGUUCACACCAGUGUGUCCUUUGGUGCCGAGCAUUUGGAGAAGGCAAAGGAAGAUGUUGAGCCUUUGAUCCUUGAAGAGUUGGAAAAGGUUCUUCCUGGACUGCCUAAACCGUCAAGCACCAAGUGCCAGAAAUGGAGAUAUUCACAGGUCACACAGCCGGUGCAGGACUGUCCAGGACAGAUGACUCUUCAUGAAGAACCUUUGCUUGUCUGCGGUGGUGAUGGAUUUACACAUUCCAGUUUUGACGGGUGUAUAAAGUCUGCUUUAAGAGUCCUGGAGGUUUUAAAAUCAAACCUUUAGUUUAUACAAAGUAAAGUGUACUAAAGUAGUAAACAAAAAAACGGAACUUUUGCUGUUUUUUUCCUUUGUGCUAGAGUUAAAUUACUUAUUUACUUUUUAAGACUGCACUGAAUUAGUCCAGGAUCACCAAUUCUUCUAAAUAAAUUGCAUCAAAAUCCUGUUUGUUAAAAUGUUUGUUUAGUUCACAUAUAUGCCAUCUGCCAUAAAUAAAUGCUUAGUUCAGUGUCUUUAUUCUCAGUUUUCUUGGCUCUUUAAGAGGUGCUUAAUGCUGAAUUCAUACAAUCAUUCAAUAUGUAGAAUAUUUAUUUAAAAAAAAAUAUAUAUAUUGUUUCAGACUUUUCUCAGAAUUUUUUCAACUCAAUUCAGAUUGUUUGUAUAGCGCUCUUCACAGGCUCAGUGUGUUAAUAAUCUGCUUAUAUUUUCUUUGCAUAUUCCAUAACAUUGUAUUCCUUUAAAAUGAAUUCCCAGUGUAGGCAGUUGGCAGCAGUAUAUUUUGCUAGUGUAAAAAAUGAUCUGUGUUGCUAACCGCUGCCACACCUAAAAAUGUAAUGCCAGUCAUAAAAAUAAUAAAGUUUUCUUUUUUCCAA